CUCGGCUGGUUGAUUCCACAAUUGACCUAAAAAGAGUAUUGUUAUUGUCUUGGCUGAACUGUUUGAAAAGGAAAAUUUUAUGAAUCAAUGCAAAUCUUGAAAUUGGAAAAUGGAGGAAAAGUUGAAAAUGAAAACAAUGAUAACGAUGAUUGGGCGGACAAAGGCCACCAGAAAUCCGGUAGCGGAUUCUGGGGGCGGCCCGGGUGAAGGGAAUUUUCAUCCAUCCAUGGUGAUGGUGGGCCAAGGUCCAGUUUGGAGUGGCAGUUCCUUAAUGGCCCAACUGAGAUAAGGCUUUCCCAUCAACCAGAUUUCCUGCUGUGACAGGUCGCCAUUUCAUCUGUACUUCCUUCUUCCGUUUCACCUCCGGAGUUCUGAACCUUUCCUUUUUCGGUUGCUCCUUACUCAGAAUCUUCCCGCGAUUGAAUAUUCCCUCCUUCAUCUUCUGUAAGUAAAUUCGUUGUUCCUCUUAUUAUAUUACCUGUGGCUUGACCAUUCUUUAACCGCUUCCAGUUUUCUCGUAUAACAGCUUAUGGGAAUCGAAUGGGUUUCCUGUAGCCAUUCUUCUGUUGCUACCUCUCUGGUUCGUACUUGUAGUUGCUCAAAACAGUGCCUUAUCGAUUUCCCUUUGGCCUUUAGGUUGGUCUCAUGGCGCUGGUUCCAAUACGUUACAAACUGCCUCAUAAAGACAGCAUCCCUCCCUCAGUCCCAUAUGCAGUAAGCCGGUAUCAACUUGGCUUUCGCCAUGCUUACAGUUGCUUAAUUGGUUGCACUCCUAAUGGUUGGAAGACAAACAGAGGGCUUAGUUCCAUCGUGUGUUGCAAUUCGGGGCGAGGUGGAAAUGAAAAGCAGCUGAGGCUUUUGGAUUCUUAUUUGGGGAAGCUCCAAAAUGAUGAUUCCAGCAAGGGUUCUGCAGAUUUUGGUAGGAGAGGGGUCGUGGUUGACAACAAGAGUAGUUUCCAGUUUGAUACGAAACAGGAACUGGAUUCUCUGAAUGCCUAUCUUCACAAACUUAAUAGAGGUAAUUCAGUAAGUAAACGUCGAAACCCAGAAACGGUGAGAUCUGAACCGAAGAAGCAAAACGGUUCCUUGGAGUUGAGAGAUAAGGGGAUCGCUAGUCGUUCGUGGAUGGCUCAGUCAUUAUGGCAAACUGAUGACACAUCCAGUUUCUAUCUUGUAGGCAUACUGGCGUCGAUAAACAUUGCAGUUUUCCUAUUCGAAAUAGCUACCCCGGUUAGAAGUUCAGAGUUUCAGCUUUUCUCAUUACCUUUGUUGUACGGAGCAAAGAUAAAUGAUCUGAUCCUGACUGGAGAAUGGUGGAGGCUGGUCACACCAAUGUUUCUGCACUCUGGAGUUUUCCAUGUCGCCCUUGGAUGUUGGUCACUUCUGACUUUCGGCCCUGAAGUUUGUCGGCGUUAUGGCUCGUUUACUUUCCUCUUGAUAUAUCUUCUUGGAGGACUUUCUGGCAACUUGACGAGCUUUCUUCACACACCAGAGCCAGCAGUCGGUGGCACGGGGCCAAUUUUCGCCAUAAUUGGAGCUUGGCUCAUUUAUCAAGCUCAGAACAAAGAAGUAGUCGACAAGGACACUUCAGAGAGCUUGUUCCAGAAAGCUAUGAUGACCACUGCUCUUAGCUUCAUAUUAAGCCACUUUGGUCCCAUUGAUGACUGGACGCAUUUGGGGUCAGUUAUGACCGGCAUAAUCUAUGGAUUUCUCACAUGCCCAACCCUACAGCUUGAUGAUGCAUCUUUAAGGAGUGGCCGAGAUGAAGGCAUGGCAGCAGUCGUUGGAAGGCAUCCUGAUUUGUGUAAAUCGUUGAUGUUCUUUGCCAUCUGCACUCUGUUCCUGGGUUCUUUACUUUUCCUUGUCGAACCUCCUCUUGACACAAUAAUCACCGAGGAGGAAAUUUUCCGGAUGUGAACCAAAUGUUUGUUACUACCCUAUUGCUAUAUAAAGUACACAAUUAUAGGGUGCCAAUGCCAUUUGGAUUUUGGAGCAAUGUUUGUAGAAGUACUUAGACUAUGAAUCAGUUAGUCUCUCCAUAUAGUCAAUCAGCCAGCCUUUUCAUUUCAGCUGUUCAGCAAGGUAGAGGAAGAAGUAUGCUCACAUUGUGGAAGCAGCAUUCUAUUCCCUUGUUAGUGUCCACAAGGAUCAAGAAACGAGUUUUCGUCACCUUUCCCUUCAACCGCAGUGAACUUGCUGUUCAUCACCUGCAUUGAUACCUCCGCUAUAAGCGCGUCAGGUUCCUACUGUCUCCCAGUUAGCUGAUCUCCUAACAUUGAUUCCGUUCCAUUUAACAGAGCGGUUUUCCAACCUGUUAUUCCUAGUUCCAUUUCUUUCUGAAAAUCAUGGCUAUUUCUGUUGUGUUCUGUUCUUCCCGUAUAACAAUAUAAACCGUAAAUUAAAGU